UAGAACGUAUAAUCGUCUGACCAAGAAUGGAUCUCUACAACAUGCCCGGAACCGCGAGCACUCGUGCAGUGCAGAUGACUGCCAAGGCUGUGGGAGUGGAAUUGAACUCGAAGUUCAUGAACACCCAGGCGGGUGACCAACUUAAACCGGAAUUCGUGAAGAUCAAUCCGCAGCACACCAUUCCCACCCUGGUGGACAAUGGAUUCGCCAUCUGGGAGUCCCGCGCCAUCGUCAUCUAUUUGGUGGAGAAGUACGGAAAGUUCGAUACCCUCCUGCCCAAGGACCCCAAGACCCGAGCCGUGGUCAACCAGCGCCUGUUCUUCGACAUAGGACCUCUGUAUGACGCCAUUUCCAGUUACUACUUCCCCAUCUUCCGCACUGGCAAGGUGGGAGAUCAGGCGGCCCUGGAUAAGGUUAAUGCUGCCUUCGAGUUCCUCAACACCUUCCUGGAAGGACAGGACUACCUAGCCGGGGGUCAACUAACAGUGGCCGACAUCGUCAUCCUGGCCAGUGUGUCCACCAUCGAAAUGGCUCCGAUUGACUUGAAGAAAUUCCCCAACCUGGAUAGAUGGUACAAGAAUGCCCAGAAGGUUACUCCUGGAUGGGAAGAGAACCUGCAGAGUAUUAAGCAGCUCCAGAAGUUUGCGGAGCAAAAGUUGGCAGAAAGAAAGUAA